AUGGAAAUUUGGGACAUGAAGGAGCUCGAUUAUCUAAAGCCCAUGGAAACCUCCGCUAAAAAGAGAGACAAGAGCAUGUAUUGUCAAUUCCAUAGGGAUCAUGGGCAUGAUACAGAGGAAUGUAUCCACUUGAAGGAGGAGAUCGAGCGCCAAUUGAAACGGGGACUUUUGACUAAGUAUGUGAAGAAUGAUCGAGGCAAACAAAAAGUUGACGAUCGAGCACCACCUAGGGUCAGAGUAAUAAUUGUGAUAGCUGGAGGGACUGCAGCAGGCGGAGACUCGAAUUCAGAUAGGAAGGGCUAUGCUCACACUAUUGGGGUUUGCUCCAUCCAGGAGAAGGCCAGGUUUCACCAAAAUAUUACUUUCAAUGAAAAAGAUCUGAUUGGUGUGGCAAUGCCCCAUGAUGAUGCUUUGGUGAUCGUCGGUGACAUAGCGAAUUUUGACGUAAAAAAGGUUUUGGUUGAUGGUGGUAGCGCGGUAAACGUCCUCACUUGGGAAGCAUUUAUGGGAUUGAAAAUUUCUCUUGAAAAAUUAAAAGCUGUGUCCACUCCCCUUCAAGGAUUCGGAGGAGCUACUGUUAUACCAGAGGGAGCUAUAGAACUUCCAGUGACAUUGGGGGAAAGACGUGAAUUCAGCAUUGGGGUGAACAUGAGGCCAGAAGAAAAAGAAGAAUUAGUAAAGUGUUUUUCUGAUAAUUUAGAUGUUUUUGCGUGGAGCCCAAUUGACAUUCCAGAGAUCAGUCCAUCAGUUGCUCAGCACCGCCUUGGUAUUUCAUCGGGAGCAAAGCCUAUAAGGCAAAAGAAGAGAAAUCUUGAUCCAGAGCGACAUGCCACAACGAAAGGCGAAAGUUGA